CAAGACAGUUGGGUCUCGAAGAGAAGUUUAGAGAAGAAAAUCAAACUGUGAGCAUGACUCCCUUCAAGUCCACCAUGCUGCACCUUCUCUUCCUUGGGGUGUUAUAUGUUUCCCCGGCUUAUCUUCAGCAAGCACCUUGUGAGAUUGCCAAGAACACAUUUAGACGGGGCACGUACAAGUUGGAUGUGGAUCCUACUUAUUACAAACCAGGUGCAAUCUACACAGUAUCCAUUAGCGGGAUAGACAACAGCACCUCCGUUAUCCUUCAAGUCCUGCCUUCCAGCGGCCUGUGGGAAAGUGAAAACCAACUGAUUAGCUGCAGCACCACAGAGAACAUUGUGCAGAGAAACAUCUCCGGCAACAACACCCGAACCCGUUGGAUCGCUCCAAACAACGUUAACGUGGAAUCAGUGCUAAUAAGGUCUUUUGUCUCCUUUGCCAAUGGUACAUCCCUGCUCCAGACUCUGAACCUGGACAAAGACGUCACAAUAGCUCGUAUCACAUACAAGCCAUUGUCAACUCCUCAACCCGGCACAGUUUCUGUAAGUUCCCACAAGCCAGCGCUUCACAGUAACUCGACUGAUGCCCACCACACCCUCCUCAACUCAACAACUGAGCACCACAACUUUGCUUCCUCCCACGAGUGGACAAAAGAGCCUCACAGCUCCGUCUCUACCGCCCAAGCCAGCUCCUUCCUCCUGGCUCUCAUGCAGCUGCUCUCUGUCUCGCUCGGCUACAAGCUCCUCUCCUAAACCGAAUCCUUAAACGCAUUCCCCUCGACCCACCCUGCCAUUUUCGCUUCCAGCCAGAAGGUGAAGCAGGGAUGGCUGAUCUCCUCAGGAAGGAUAUCCUCCUCCCCCCACCGCACACACUCUUUUCCCUCCCCUCUCUACCAUUAGGCAUUCUUAUUUGCACAUUUGUUUUAUUAAUCCCCGUGUAGCCCAGCUGUUGACGCAAGAUAUCUCACAGCAGUACAGCUGCACUGAGAGAUCCAAAGAGAGGUGGCCCGUGGCUGUGAAGUUUGGGGUGGACGGGAAUCCAAACAGUGCCCCCCCUUUUUUUUGCCCCCUUCCUUGGGAGAAAAAUAUAAGCAUGAACUAAAUAAUCAACAAAUCUGCCAAACAUGAGAAGAGGGUGCACUUUUGGAUCCAAAGGUGCUAAGAUGUUUUAUGGCAAGAGGCAGGCACAGGGCAAUUUUUUUAAAAAAAAACCCAGUUAAUUUAAUAUUACUUGAUCAGAACAGAGACAAAAACACAGUCUUAGAGAAAGUAGUUCCCCAACAGUUCCUUCCAAUCCUGACGUGUUCCAGCUCUCUGAAGGAAGCGACCUUCUAGGACAGCUGUCUCUGUACUUGCAGGACUUUCAUUUAGCUUCUUAUGGGACAAGGCUGAUCAGUUGGGAAUCAGUACUAUGCGCUACAAGCCACAAUCGGAGCCACCCCUACUCUCUUGAGCCCUGCAAAGAAGUGAAGGAAUGUCCCCUCCAAUGCAGAACAAAAGACUGUCCCAGAAUUCUGACCUUCACACUACCCUUCACUGUAAUUUAUUUUUCUGUGUUGCAACGAGGAAGGAGUUCCUGAGUCUCUAAUUAAAACACUGAUCCAGAUGUCCAUGUGCCAAAUCCAGCCCUGACUUCUCCUCCCUAAACAACCCUCAGAAGAUGCUCUGCAAUUUUGGGCGGGAGGAGGGGACAGGCCCCUUUAUUAAAUGACAACAUUUUAACUUGUCUAACCCCCUGCGGGCAGGGCAUCUCUUCCAUGUCUGUAAAAUAUUUUCUUUGCUCUGAAAUACCCAAAUAACUGUGGUGCUUCCUGGGAAAUAACCCGUUCUACUGUCUCUGUAGGCAAAUCCAGAGAUAGAAAUGGGACAAGUAGAGGGGGGGGGCAGGAACUGAGAAGAAGGAUGAAGCGAGUCUUUAAGCUAUUAAUUGUGGGCUUCCAAACAGGCUGGGGCUGUUGCUGUUAGCUUUUGUACAGACUGUGUUUCCUUGAGGAAAAGUAUUAUGGAAAUAUAUUUUUAUUUGAAAGACCUUGAUCCCAAUAAAAUGUCAUAAUGUCCUAUA